UGGACGACGUGCAGAUCGUCACGCUAUCACCCGUCUUGUACUGUCAGUUCCCGUUACAUCACGCAAGCAGAGAGACGAAACCCGACCCGUAGAAAGUUCGAGAGCCGCAAGACGACACUGCCCCGUUAUGCUAAAUGCUACUAUAUUCUCCCAACAGAUCGCUAGAACAUAGGCCGGAGCCUUGCGAGCCCAUGAAGCUCACAGGGACUACGAGAGCUCCGGAGCCAACGCCGGAGCCUCUUCCAUCAUCCUCCAUGACGACAGCUGUUGUUUCUUCGCCGAGGAGGGAGUGCAUAUAUAGGGUCGAUACGGGGGUGGACGGGAAUGAUUCCAGCAACAAAAGCAGACGACACUGCCAGCUGGUGUGACGUCAGCCCCUUACGUCAUCGAGCAGACGACCGUUCGCAAGGUCGUGCCGCGGAGAACCGCACGUACGCCGGAACCACGUGACGCGUACACCAGGUGGUCGGUAUAUAAAACAAGCGGUUCAUUAGCAGAGUGAUUAUCAUGUGGUGUCUUCCAACAGAGAUGGGCGCCAAGCAGCAACGACCAAGGAUUGUGCUCGUGCGGCUCUCGCAGCCUGUGCACGUGUUCACCGUGUUGGUCGUCUGCUACCUGAGCUUCCUCCUGUUCCCCAGACAGAAGACGAGCGGCAUAAUUGUUCAGCCACAGCCAUCCAGCCUCGCAAACUUCAUCUAUGUGACAUCAUUCGCGACGCAUUUUGGAGCGCAGUUUUGGAUGACAUUCAUCUCCGGCCUUGUGCUGUUCUUCAACCUUCCGCGACAUGUAUUUGGUCAAGUGCAGCGUCUCCUGUUUCCAAAGUACUUCUGUAUAAACGCCGCCUUGGGCUUUGUCACCCUCCUCCUCUUUGUCGUCCAUCACCCUCAACUCAACUUGGAACUUAAGCUACAGACUUGGGCUCUUACUGUGUGCUUCCUGAGUCAGCUACUGACCCGAAUAUACGUCGUGCCUCCCAUGCUGAGCGCGAUGGAACAACGCAGCGCCAUCGAAGUCAAGGCCGGGGUAGGCAUGGAAGUUGGCCGGCACGAUCCAGGAAAGCUGCGUGACUGCCCCAACUACAUGGCUUUGCACAGGCGUUUUCGCAUACUGCACAUGACAACUGCGGCGGCCAAUGUGAUCGCCUUCACUUGCAAUGCCUUCCACAUGUACCACUUGGCGAAGCACAUAACUACUUGACACCAUCAUGUGAUAUCCGGUGCUAUCGGGAAGACGCAACUGACCGGUGAAACCGCCACCUUCGGCAACCUCCGCCGACUGUGCCGCGCACACACGUAAUUGCAAUGUGAACCAGGGACGCCAUUCGAACAAAGGACGCUGUUGCAUCGGUCCUCAUUGUGCCCUGCUCCAUGGCCCUGCUGAAGCAAAGGCAGGUCAGAACUUGGCGGUUCAAGUUAUAUCACCCAGUUCAGCACGGUCCGUUUACGCCGCCAAUUCCACAAGGAGCGACCCGCAUGUCUCUUGAGGUCCGCCCAAGGCAGUCGUAGUUUCAGCAAGUACUGUCCCUUGUCGAUAGCGCUGUCAUCAGGAACUGGGCCGCAUGCUCGUGGUUUAUCCUGAUUAAAAUUUGAGAGCCAUCGCUCAGUUAUACAGCACGACCUCGCCCUUCCAGCAUGCGCCGUGAGUUGGGCCCGACCUCGUCGGCUCUCAGACUGGAAUUACCCAAGUAGCAGCAAAGGGUGGCCCACAACGGAUCGCCCACAACGGAUCUGACAAGGUGCAACGUCAGGAACCGUCGAUGUAGGACCCAUGUAGUGCCUUAGUUCCUGUCAUCUCAUAUAUUUAUUUAUUGCGCCGUCCCAUUAUCAUGCCUCCCCAUCAGUAGGUUGUUGUCUCCAGGUAACAAUAGGACUCGCAAUACUGCAAUACUUUUCCUGUUUGCGGUUGAUGCAUGUUGUGCUUUAGUUGUGCCCUUCUAUGACUAUAAAAGGGCUGUUAGCACCAACGAACGUCAGAAAGCACCAAUAAAACCUGCGCAGCCAUGUGCA